GGUCGGCAGAGGGCGCCCACGUGGGCUUGCUGGAAACCUAGCGGCCGGUUCUAGGCAGCCAGUCAGCGGCUGCAAAACCACUCAAGCUUAAUGGCGUCUUUGUGCUUAGAUUAGCUGCUGCCUCCCCCGCCACCUGGAAAGUCCCGAGCAGUGCACCCUUGGCUGCGUGGCUCACGGGGCAGGGUUAGGAGCAAUGCCAGGCGCGCGGCCGCCGCCCUGCCCAGGCUGCUAAGCGUGCGGUGUAUGGUCCAUGCAAGCGGCUGCAGGGCGCAGGAGGCGCCCGUUUUGGGGAGGCAGCCGGCGCAGGCACGGAGGCGACAGCAGCAUCUCUUCUUCCCCGCCGAGGCUGCAGCGGCAGACGGACUGCUCUGCAAUGACUACAGCAAGAUACAGGGCUACCUGGGACUUGGUACUUGAUCCUUUGGUGUCCUGUAAACUCUGUCUUGGGGAAUAUCCCGUGGAACAGAUGACAACAAUAGCACAGUGUCAAUGCAUCUUCUGUACUCUGUGCCUGAAACAGUAUGUGGAACUUUUGAUCAAAGAAGGUCUAGAAACAGCAAUUAGUUGCCCUGAUGCUUCCUGCCCAAAACGAGGUCAUCUACAAGAAAAUGAGAUUGAGUGUAUGGUUGCAUCAGAAAUCAUGCAAAGGUACAAGAAGCUACAGUUUGAAAGAGAAGUGCUUUUGGAUCCAUGUCGGACUUGGUGUCCAUCUUCUGCCUGCCAGGCAGUUUGUCAACUACAAGAAUCAGGGCCUCAAAAUCCCCAGCUGGUCCAAUGCAAAGCUUGUGACAUAGAGUUCUGUUCAUCUUGUAAAUCCAAUUGGCAUCCAGGACAAGGCUGUCAAGAGAAUAUGCCAAUCACCUUACUCCCAGGGGAAACAAGUUCUGUGUAUAAAAUGGAAGAUGAUGAUGCUCCCAUCAAACGCUGUCCAAAGUGCAAAGUUUAUAUUGAGCGAGAUGAGGGUUGUGCCCAAAUGAUGUGUAAAAACUGCAAACAUGCCUUUUGCUGGUACUGUCUGGAAUCUCUUGAUGAUGAUUUCCUCCUUAUACAUUAUGACAAAGGACCUUGUCGAAACAAGUUAGGUCACUCCAGAGCAUCUGUUAUCUGGCACAGAACACAAGUGGUGGGAAUCUUUGCGGGAUUUGGUCUACUGCUGUUAGUGGCCUCACCUUUCCUUUUACUUGCUACUCCAUUUGUCCUUUGCUGCAAGUGCAAAUGUAAUAAAGGAGAUGAUGAUCCUCUACCUACCUAGAUCGUGAGAAGAUGGGACUCAUCACACACACAUUUUUUCCCCCUCUUGCACUUACAUUGUUGUAGCCUUACUUCCCCCAUCCUGCUUUUCUGUGACAGUGCCAUAAUUCCAGGAACUGUUGUUAGUACAGUUACAUAGACCGAGUACUAAUAGGUAAAAUAGUGGAAGGCAAGUCAGGUGUUUAGAGGAUGUUGUGGAACACGAUAAGUGUCUGAAAUUGAGAGAUGAAGAUACUCUAGAUAAAACUAAUGGUUUCAUAUUGCCCACAGAGGCUAUAUUGGUGGACUAGGAACUGUGCUAUGGUACAUCAGCAAAACAACCCAAAAACAAAUCAAAUCUAAUUUUUUCACAUAUACAUUUGCAUCAAAAUGAGGUGUCUUAUUGAUAUUCCUGAGUCACCUAUCAUUUAAAUGUGGCUUUAAUAUAUCUGUUUUAUUACAACUGUGUUUUUAUUAAUAUUGCAAUGGCAAAAACCUCUUUAGUACUUAUUUUUGCAAGUAUAAUGGAAAUAAAUAAGGUGCAUAUUGGCCAUCAUAUGCCUUUCUUGAAUUUUGGGGAGGGUACAGCUUGAAUUGCUGCCUUCCAGGAAUUUUAAGAAGUUUUACAUGCUAUUCAAUCAAAAACUACAUUUUAAAAAAUAAAUAUAUGAAAGCUGCAAGAUUGAGUGGUGUCACAAACCUGCUACCUAAUCAAGAUUCUUUUAAAAAUGUAUAGUUGGUGAUGAUUACCACUGGAUCACAAGUCUUUUUCUGUGUGGUUAAUUUUUGCUGUUAAGGGGUCUGGUACACUUACAGGGCUACAUAACUUCUAAUCCAGGUAUCUCAAUCUUUUAUUUAUAUAUUAAAAAAUCCUGAUUAAACCAAAUUGUGUAAAUAUCUGUGCUAUUGAAUAUUUGGAAGUUCAAGAUAGCUCGCUUCUGUCUUAAAGGCAGGUAUUGGGGAAAAAAAUUACAGGAUUUAUUCUGCUUAUCAGCAGAUUCUCAGCUCAGCAAUGAUUCCUGUCUUUACAAUAUAUGAAAAGUACUAGACAUCCUUAUUAGUAAUUAAAGCACCUGGGGUGUUUGUGAAAGGUCUGUCUACCAUUUACAAUAUAUACUCCAUUUGCCAGAGUUCAUAUCAUAUGUGCUGUUAAUAAUCAUACUGUGAGAAAACAAAACAAAUUUCUCUUCAAGGAUUAGUUUGUUUUGUUCCAACAUUACUUUGUGGCAUCAUUUUUCUUCUCUCUUUUUUUUUUUAAUUUACAAUGUUGUAAGUUUUUCAGGGUAGUAAAAUGUCCCAAUUAACAUUGUUAAUAUACAGAAAUUACUCUUCUGCAGUAUUUUGUAGAAAACUGUAAGAGACCCCUUGUAAAUGCAGGCUUCAAAAACAGCAAAAGAAUUUGACAAAAAUUUAAUGUAAUGGCCCUGAUCAUGGAAUGUGGUACACAUGGGCAGAUCUGUGUCCACACGGAGCCUACUAUUCUGCAGAGCAUGCUAGUGGAAGUUAAACUGUAUUUGAGAACCUAAAAAUAUAAUGGAGUAGGAAGUGAUGCAGUGAUUGUAUAUGUGGAAGUCAGUGGGGCUCACCACCUAAGACAUGGCGGGAUCAAGGCCACAAAACAUAACAGCAGUCUGACAGCGCAAAAAAACUAUUUGUUCUCUUUUAUGUUUAGUUUUAGUUUGCAUAUCGAUUAUUUGAACAGAAAUGUUGCAGGGAAAAUUUUUUGAAAGCCCAUUGACUUUCAGUGAGAUGUAGACUCCUAAGGGCAUAAGUCACUUUUGAAAAUGGGAAAUAGAUUCCUAAAUCACCUAGGUACUUUUGAAGAUUUUCUCCUCUGUCCAACCUCCAUAUUCUUGAUUUUAAAAAAUUAGUAUUUCAAACUGGCUAAAUGAGAAAUGCCUGCAGGAGAUCCAGAAAUUGUUUUGUCUUCAGAUGUUCAACCUUUGUAAGAUGGCAAUCUGAUUACAAGCAAUGUUAGUUGUAUGUUACGUCAUUAGCUUUGUAUUACAGUGUGUAAUUCAGAAUUUAAUGGCAAAAUCCUGAUAUUGAGGGUUUUUUGGGUUUUUUUUUGCUUAGUUAUUCAGAAAUAACAUGGCAAGGCUGGAUGGCUCACAAGAGUUUAUCAAUGGGAUAGGCAUACUUUAACUAGUCACCACUGGUCAGCCCUGGUUUCACUGGCUAAUGAGGUUUCAGUCUCAGUCCAGCUCCUCUUACAGGAUGUGUGUCCUUAUUGCAAAAGACUGACUGAAUUAGAAAAGCACCCUGAUUCAGGAUAGUACUUAACUCACAUUGUCUUGAAUCAUCGUUUUGAGGUAUAUGAUUAAUAGGUAUGUACCGCUGGAUGAAUAACUAGUUUCUCCAAAUCUGAGGCAUGGUAUCAAGGUAGUGUGGGAAGGCUUGAAUUCUGGCCCUUAUUUCCAAUCCUGAUCUGCACCGGACAGAUCCAGUUGCAGCAUCAGAGAACUAAUUUUUCAGUGGGCAAAACAGACCCCAGUUUCCUGGACUAGCAGUUCUGCACUCCACUUGUUGAGCUCUUAGCAACACACCAUUUUCCUUUAAAUCACAAAUGGUUCUAACUGGCAGUUCCAGCCAAGAAACUGGUUUAUAGGGGGCCUAUCAAUAUAGUAUCUGAGGUAUGGUGGCAUAAAGAUUAACCUGUACUUUCUUUCUUAGAAGUAGUCUUUUCAGAUCAGGGGUGAAGCAAGGCAGUGUUGAGAUUCUGUGAUGCCCUCGAUAGAGAACUUCACUCCUCACAGUUGUCACUGACACCUUUGCAGAGUACUAAAUUUACUUCAAAAUUAAAGAAAAAAAAUCCCAUAGUGCAUUAUAGAUGCAAACAUUUUUAAGAUAUUAGAUUUCAGAUGAUGAUCCCAUUAACACAGACACAAAUGCCUGGGUUUAUCUGAUCAUAUCCAACAUAUAGGAGUGUGUCUGAUCUCAGCAUGCUUGGGUUCACUAUAGUAGAUUUCCAAGCUGUCAGCUGAUACAGCUUCUUGACGUUUGGAUAAUAAUGUGUGUAUAUUCACAAA